AUGAGUCGAAAGAGACAAUUUGAAGAAGAUUCAUCACCUUUAUGCACUUUCCCCUCAUCACCAAACGCCUAUUCCACAUCUUCCUCAUCUCAAGGACUUGUCAACUCAUCACCAAACGCCCCUACAACAACAUCUACAUGUUAUACUUUGGACCAUAUAUUCCACUUCUCUUCACAAUUCCAAACAUUUGAUGCGUUUUCCUCACCCGUUGCUAAACGAGUACAAUUAAGUAAAGUUCAUACUGAAGUGCACCAAAAGACGAUACGAAUGAUGAUGGAUGCUCUGGUACAACUACAGCGACAGGAACAACAACAACAGCAACAACAGUUUGUAGAUAGUACAAGAGAUGGUGAAUUGAUGAAGGAUAUGAACGAGUGUAAUGAUGGAACUGAGAACUUGAAAGAGAACAAAUGUACAUAUUUUCAACAACCGUAUUGGUGA